UAUCUAUUUGAUGUAUCUCCCUUGAUGAGCCAGCAUCAUGACGUCCCAUCUUGUUCUCCUAGUGCCCUUGUGUGUUCUUUCAACAGUUUCGGUGAAAGGUGCUUCUGAAGGUUUGGAUUUCGGCAAAGGGACCCAUGUCCUUGGGAAGUUUUUCAUACACUACUUGAACACGCAGCCUGAAGACAUAAAGUUGAGUGAAGGGGUUCAUUUGGUGUCUAUCAAGAGUGACCACAAUGCGAGGUCAUUGAAUAAGGAUAAAACUGUGUUGGGUGCUAUUGAGAACUAUCUGCAGAGCCAUGAAAUAAGGAUUAAGCUGCCUGAGCUGAUGCCUGGAGAGGAGUUUGGAAGGUCUUUCAAGGAAGCCAUCGAGGAUAUUGAUGAGAGUAAUGAAGUUGUCACCGGCAGAAGGAGGGGAGGCAACGGAGGAGGUGGAGGAGGUGGAAUGGGCGGUGGAGUGAUGGUAAUGGGGGUAAUGAUGGGUAAACUCCUAGCAACUCUUGGUCUUGGUGGGGUGGCUCUUAUAGCGAAGAAAGCUCUCUUCGUCUCCGUCCUAGCCUUGACACUGUCUGCUAUUAUCGGCAUCAAGAAGCUUGUCCACUCGGAUGAUCAUCACGAGGGCCACACAGUCAUCCAUGCGGCACACCAUGGUCAUGGUCAUGAUCUGCAUGACUACAGAAGGAAAAGAGAUGUUGAUCAGUUGGCUUACAGGGCUUGGAAAGAGUUCAAGUAGUGUGAGUCAGUUGAUACAAUGUGGUUGAUUCCGAAAAUGACUUUGGUUUUGUUGACGGGACCAAAAAUACCGGAACUGUCGAAAAAUUUGAUCAAAAUUUAAUUAUUAUUCGUUUAACAUCUGCAUAUUGCUGAUGGUUUCUUCUAACUCAUAAUUGGUAGAUAUUCUCCCAAUUAUUGGAAGAAGUUCAAAAUUAAAUCGUAUUGACUCAAUGCUUAAUCAUUUUAAUUUGCGUUAGAAUUUUGUGAUUUCGAUUAGGUUAUAGAAAAAAAAAUUUUUGAGGUGUUGAUUGAGUUUUAUAAACCUCUCAAGACAAUUUGAGUACCUACGCAUUGUAGGAACGCUAGCUCCAAAUAGUAAUUUCUCAAUAUUAUAUUCAAACGUUAUUGAGGACGACAAAACCACUGUCAAUUUCAGUUAUUAUUUAUUUUAUUUAUUGUUUGUUUGUACUCUCAUAUCAUGUUCUGUAUAUAUCAUUCAUCAAAAAUAAAUUUCUUUGUUCAA